AAUUUUGUUUUGGAUAUUAUAUUCCAUUAAUAUACUCUUCAUUCAUAAAACCAAAGAGGCCAAUCUUGUGUGAUAAUUCCCUCCAAAUUAAAGUCUUUCAUUUUUUCAUAUCAAAUGACAGUUUUUUUUUUUCUCAAGAAAACUAUGCAUUUUCAGUAUCUAAUUUUCUUGGCUAGUUUUGGAGUGUAUUUUGUUCUUUGUGCUGCUGAAUUUCCAUAUCUCAAACAAUCUGUGAAAGCUGAUGGCUCUCUUAGUUUUCUAGUGGUUGGAGAUUGGGGGAGGAAAGGGCUCUAUAAUCAAUCCGAUGUCGCCUUUCAGAUGGGAAAGAUAGGAGAGAAGCUAAAUAUUGAUUUUGUAAUAUCAACUGGUGACAAUUUCUAUGACGAUGGGCUCAAAGGUGUAGAUGAUCCUGCAUUUUAUGAUUCAUUCGUCAAUAUUUAUACAGCUCCUAGCUUGCAAAAGACGUGGUACAAUGUGUUGGGAAACCAUGACUACAGGGGUGAUGUAGAGGCGCAAUUAAGUCCAGUCCUUAGAGAAAAGGACGAAAGAUGGUUUUGUUUGAGAUCUUAUGUUCUUGAUGCAGAAAUUGUGGAAUUUUUCUUCAUAGACACCACCCCCUUUGUUGACGACUAUUUUACACACCCAAAAGAUCACACUUAUGACUGGAAAGGUGUCUUGCCAAGGGACAAAUAUCUCAACGAUCUCUUAAAGGAUUUGGAUUUGGCAUUAAGUAGGUCUACUGCAAAAUGGAAGAUGGCGAUUGGUCACCAUACGAUUAAAAGUGCUGGACAUCAUGGUAUUAUUACAGAGCUUGCUGAACAAUUAACUCCAAUACUUCAGGAACGUAAUGUUGAUUUUUACAUUAAUGGCCAUGAUCACUGCUUGGAACGCAUUGGAAGCAUAGACAGCAACUUAGAAUUUUUAACAAGCGGAGGCGGAUCCAAAGCAUGGAGGGGAGAUAUUAAAUGGUGGAAUCCUGAGGAAUUGAAAUUUUAUUAUGAUGGACAAGGAUUUGUUUCAGUUGAAUUGAACAAAUUAGAAGCUGAGUUUGUGUAUUACGAUGUUUUUGGAAAUGUCUUACACAAAUUCAAAGUGUCAAAGGACUCUUAUUUAGCUAGUCAAUAGCUAGGGGUAAAUGUUACAUAAGAGCAAGAUGAAUAUCGAAAUUAAAGUGUAUUUUAGUGUAUUAUUGAUUGUUUUCUAUGUAAUCUGAUAGAGAUAGGAAUGAUUAUUGUGUACAAUAUGUUUCUUGCUUGCAUGUUUUAUUAUUUUUAA